AUGCUUGCUGAUUGUGCUGAUCAAGUGCUGUUUGAUAAUCAUUUUGUUCCUUUUGUUCCCGUUGCAAGCCAAAGCGCGCGGUUUACAGAAAAUGUCUGGCGAAGAUCCAAAUCAAGCAGGCCUUGAAAGUGAAUCAGAUGGGGAGCCGUGGCAGCCAAAUGAACAAAUGCUUUUGUCUUUGUUGGAGAUGGGGAUAUCAGAAAAUGCUGCCAAAAGAGGUCUGUAUCAUACUGACAAUGAGUCAGUGCAGGCAGCCGCUGCCUACAUCUUUGAGCAGCCUUCAAACGAGGUGAAUGCCCCGUUCUUUCCUGAACUGAGCGAAGACAGUGAUGACGAUGGUGAAGAGCACAACUACAAGAUGGUGUUUGUCAUCAACGCCGGUCUGGGAAUGGGUGUCGGCAAGAUUGCAGCUCAGGUGGGUCACGCAGCCAUCAACCUGCACAGGCUGAUGCUGGCCAAUGAGAAGUUUGCCGAGGCUGCUGAAGAUUGGGAAGAGGAAGGUGAGAAGAAGAUCGUGUUGAAGGCGGACACGACGGAGGACCUGCUCUCGGCUUAUGCUAAAGCCAUUGAUCUGGGCCUGUUGGCAUGGAUUGUGGAGGAUGCUGGACAUACGCAGGUGCCCGAGGGCUCCCGGACCGUGGUCGGGGUGUUUGGCGAGGACGUCAUCGUCGAUCAGGUCACUGGCUCGUUCAAACUGCUCUGAAGCACCGGCCAACACUCUUCUCGCCGCUGUCCAAAAAUUCCGGAGGGUGGGGUAUCGAGUUUCUUUCGGGCUCGAUUUUUUUUUGCGGCGGCGAAAUGACUUGUGUGAUCUGACAUUUGUUGUGGUUUGCUUCGACUUAUCCGGAUAAGGGAAUCCGCUUCCACUGGCCGCAGAGGGCGUUGUGGGUGACGCCAGACGCCAGUCCGCCUCUCUGUUGGCCGCCCGCCGGGGACCGUAACGGUGAGUGCGUCCGGGGGGACGGACACUGAGCUGUGAUAUCGGGGGCUGCGACUGCUUCUCCGGGCUACCCCACUGAGCGAGCGCCAGUGGUAAUAAGGAGUGUGGACUGUAGUUGGUAUUACAAUUAUUGUGUGGUAAUUGUAACGUAGGUACGUUGUAACUAAAUGCAGCGUAUGAAAUUUAUGCUAUAUGAUGGCCAUGGUGUGGUUCCUGGGGUAGCUUAUGUGUCCUGAUGUGCACUAUCGGUUUGCAACGCAAUGCGGUGUGUGCUAUAAAUAAGUGCCAGUGUGUCCUCGGUCCUUCUUGGAGAUCAAUAAACUAUUCCGGAAAAGUGUGAA